AUGGCUACUAGUCGGCAGCGGGUGCUGUUGGCGAAGCCAACGGGUCCCCUUUUUGGUGUGGAUUUCCUGGAGCCGAACGCUUUGAACGAGGCGGAGUUGGCAAAAAUUAGGGCUGAGUAUCACCUCCUAGAUUCAAUAGUGAUGCGGAUCCCAAGGCCAUUAGAGUCCUUAAGCAAUCCGGAGGAUGAUGUAGUCUUCUUUACCGAUGUUUUCAAACAUAGGCUUCGGCUGCCGUUGAGACAUUCGGUGCAGAAGAUCCUAGCCUAG